AUGGGUCAUCGUAAAUGGCUCGAGUCAUUGGCUGCUUAUCGAAUUUCUGCGAAUGUGUCUGCAGAUGUCCUCGAUUCGGAGUUUCCAAUCGUUGACGUCGAUAUGUCCUCUGUCUGGGAAACGUUAAUGAACGCGUGUAGGAAACCCGCUAUUGAUCAUACUGGUAAGCAAGCGUUUAUACCUCUGGGACGGCUGCUUCGGAUUCUCAGCCCCCGGAAUGUUGAAAAGAUACUCAGUCAAAGCUUCACAGACGAAAUUUUGAUGAGUCUUGUCAACGAGGUAUAUGGAGCUAAUGGCGAACCAAGAAGACUAAAGAUCAUGGCUACAUUGAUAUUGAUCAAUGGACUUAAUUUUCUACUAGACUUUGUCAAAGCAAAGGUAGAAGAUAGUCAGCUCCCACUUACUGUUCACCGACGAGGACAACAACCUAUCUUAUACGACCGUGAGAAUAAUGAGAUAGAGUGUUCAAAGAAUUGGACUUGGUCCUAUCCCGAAGCCGAAUACUUUACUAUGAAGCAGAUGCAACUAUGCAGCCUAUUCUGCACUAUCGAUGAAGAAGAGCAGUUUAUGGAUCAUUUUCGACUCCCUGCAGAUUUUGUCCUACCAUUUGUGGAUUCUGAUCCCCCUGUAAUUCGGUCUGGAGGAUAUGGCAAAGUCACAAAGGUCUUUAUAGAGCCGUCGCACUUAUGGUACCGGGGUAGGUACCCAAAACCGGAGUGUUUCGCUAUCAAGGCUGUUCAGCACAGCUCAAUAGACCAUCCGAGUGAAGCAGACUCUCUCGCAAGACGCCUGGUUAUCAAGAAGCUCGCAGACAGAGAACACCUUCAUCAACUGCUUUUCUCCUUUCGUCGAGCUGACUAUUACUACCUCGUUUUUGAAUGGGCCGACGGCGAUCUCACCGAUCUAUGGGAAACGAUGCCAAGCUUAUACCGCCCUGAUGUCGAAGAAGACGCGUGUUGGUUCUUUCGCCAAUGCGCCGGUAUUGUGCGGAGCUUGGGUAGUCUUCACGAGCAACGCUCGUCUUACACCGCCAGCACCGUGAAGGAAAUAGUUCACGUCGCGCUGGAAGGAAGGUACGGACGGCACAGCGACAUAAAGCCGCAAAAUCUGCUUUGGUUUAGUGAUUUUCAAGGCGACAAGAAAGAUCACCUGGUUAUCGCCGAUCUUGGCCUUACCCAGUUCAACACAUCGCAGUCAAAGUCACAUGUGUCAUGGGCUGGUGUCAAAGGCUAUACACAAACCUACAAAGCCCCAGAGAGUGAAGGAAGUGGUAGGGUUGGAGUCAGAUAUGACAUUUGGUCUCUUGGCUGCGUCUUUCUGGAGCAUGCGUCUGUGUUUCUGAUGAGAGACAAAAGCUGUGUCAGGACCUUCUCAAACAGUAGACUGAAGGAGGAUAAGUAUCUGAACAGGUCUGGGAAUUAUCAUGGCGAUACUUUCUACAAUUUGAUCAGGGAAAAGGAUUUAACAGAUACAUACACAUCAAUUGGAAGCAGUGGCAUCCGGGGAGAGGUCAAAAAGACAGUCACGAAAAUGAUUCAAGAUCUCAAAAACCAUAGAUUAUGUGCUCCUUCGAUGUCUGACUUCCUAGAUCUCAUCAGCGAAGGGAUGCUAGUACCGGAUCAGUCUGCUCGAUAUACUGCAGGUAUGGUCUUGAGAGCUCUCAGAGAUAUCCAGGUCCGUUGUGACCAGGACCCCAGGUACGCUUGCUUAUCAAGACACUUGCCAUUGAAGGAUCAGUUGAAGUCAAUUCCCGAUGGCCAAUUUUCUUCAAGGCAGUCUCGGAUCUUGGCAGGUAUCUCAGGAGGGCAAGAGGGUAGCAGGACCAACUUUGGUUCGUCUCACACGGAGUCAACCAGAGAUGCGGGGGCUGCUGAUCCAGAAGCUUUGAAGAUGCUUAAUGAGCUGCGUCAUAUGAGUAACGAUAUUAAUUUAUCCCCCGACAACCUACAACUCCGGAUACCAAAGAUUCAGUUUGAUGGGUCUGUAGGAGGUCUUUUGCAGAAACCCAGCCCUAUCAGCGAUUUAAUCCAUAGGUUUCAGUCGCUCUCUGUCCAAGAGAAGAUUUGA